GAUACAGAGGCCGCAACCGCAUAGAUAUCCAGACCGACACGUUUCGAGCGCCCUUAUACAAUUGCAGCACUAUUCCCUAGCCAGCGAACGAAGAGAGCGCCUCCCUCCCGACAAGAGAGGCCUUCUUUCCGAGCGCGACUGCUAGGGUUCCUAGCCGCCGCCACUACUGCCGGCCCUCCGCCGCGGGCCGAAGCCUCCGCGCUGCCACGCCGCCGGUAUAGGAUCCCAGCAGCGCCUCCCUCCCUGGAGCAGCCGCCGCUCCCACACAUCAACGCCGCCGCCCGGUGCAUAGGCAGGCCACGCUAGGUUCAAGAGAAAGCAGAAUCAGGGAUGGUGGCACUUCGAUAUGCGGCGAGGACACUUGGUCGAUUCACGCUCCGAAGACCACAGGGGUUCGGCAUCUCAUCGACUGCGGCAGAGGAUCAACAGCGGUUCCUGCCACGGCUCAUCAACACGAAUAUAUCAGCUCCAACGGCAGCUCCUUCGACUCCGACAGCCCCCCCGGAUGAUGACCCCUACACGGUCUUCACCAUGUACUACGGCCGUCAAGGGGAAGGGCAAGGCGCCGUGCCGGGCCUCACAGCUGAGCAACAAAAAGAUGUUGCAAGCCGCCUAGUGCAAAUCGAUGGGAAGAAAGAGGAGCUGUACAAUAUGAUUUCUGGCCUUGAAAGGAGCUACAACGUUAGUGGCAAGAUAGUCCGGCAAAAUGGUCGGCUGGCGCGUCAUCUUUCUGUACUAGUCAAGCCUAAACCCAAUGACCCUUACUGGCGUUUGCAUUCAAGAUCACAAAGAAUUAUGGACUGCAUACAUUUUAUGGGGGGCUGUUGUUUAGGCCCUGUGAUUGUGAGUGGUUUUGCCUGGUGGAUGACAGAGGCACAUGCAGAAGAAAAAGAUGAUAGUCUUGGAUGAACAAGCAAAAACAGUGAAGUACUCAUGCUGUUCCUUUUCACUCCACAUAUUAGGUUUGUCUUAAGUCAAACUUAGUAUAGUUUGACCAAAUUUAUGUUAGUGUAUUUAUUUGAUAUUGUGAAUGUUGGUAUUUUUUAGCAGAAACUUGGCCAAACUUUUGAAGGUUUGACUUAAGACAAACCUAAUGUGCGGAGUAAAAAUAAACAGAGGGAGCAUGUCUUAUCUGACUGAGGAGUAAAGGUUCAAACUCUGGAAUUGUAUAUGAAUGCUGACACUUGUAUGCACCUAUUAAUGGAUGAUUACUUUGAUGAUC